UAACGUGAAUUAUACAUUUUCGCAUGCGUAUCUCAUUUGCAUGUGACAAUAUAUAGUUCACGUUGCGUAUACUGUAGAUUUUCGCAUGCGUGUCUCAUUCGUACACCAUCAAGAAUCGAGCUCCUGGACCAUAUGGAUUCGGUGUCUCGUAGUCAAUAAAGAGGGAGAAGAUGUGGUCUGCUAAAUAUAAAGAUCUUUUCUUGUUUUGAUCACUGUAAUUACAUUAUUCAAAAAGUUGAAUAAAAUAAACUGUCUUUAAUAAAUCUUUGAGAAUGACGACACUCAGGCCUUUCACGUGCAACGAUUUAUUUAAAUUUAACAACGUAAAUCUGGAUCCUCUCACAGAAACAUAUGGACUUUCAUUUUAUAUGCAUUACCUUGCACAUUGGCCAGAGUAUUUCCAAGUGGCUGAAUCUCCAAGUGGUGAAAUAAUGGGUUAUAUCAUGGGAAAGGCAGAAGGACAUGGAGAAAACUGGCAUGGCCAUGUGACAGCUCUCACAGUUUCUCCUGAUUAUAGAAGACUAGGUCUCGCUGCAAUGUUGAUGAAAUUCCUUGAGGAAGUUUCAGAAAAGAAACAGGCCUAUUUCGUGGAUCUUUUUGUAAGAGUCAGUAACAAAGUAGCCAUUAAGAUGUACCAACAAUUAGGAUACAUUGUUUAUAGGACAGUAUUGGAAUAUUACAAUGGAGAUCCUGACGAAGAUGCAUACGAUAUGAGGAAAGCAUUGUCAAAAGACGUGAAAAAGAAAUCUGUAAUUCCACUGACACAUCCUGUGAGACCUGAAGAAGUAGACUGAAAAGUUUUAAUCAUAUCUAUAUAUUAUACACAAAAUGCAUUACUUGAAUUACAUUACUUGAUUAUUUAAUUCUGAUUUUUAAUUUUUAGUUGUUCUUAAUAAUAAAAAAAAUUGAUUGAAUUGUUUAAGGGGUAAGGCCAUUGUAGAGCCCCCCAAAAAGGCCUAUUUUUAAUAAUUUUUUACGGGAAAACAAAAACAGUAAAGAAAAAUUCUUUUUAAGUACUUUAUCCUACAUACUUUGAAAUAUAUAAAAACAUUUUUUGCUACAAA